AUGGCCACUCUAGAAGAAAUAAUCACGCAAAUUGACCAGAUCAGCAAGUGCAUAUGUGAGAUUGAUUUGGAUGACUCGGCAUUUAGCAAGUUAAAAGACAAAAUUGCAUGGCUAUCUGCCCGGACCUCAGUCUAUCACUCAUUGAAAGGCCUUGCCAAGCAUCUGCGAAAAUCCUCUCCCCUUCCUCACAGGAAUGGAAGGUUCAGCAAAUUUCUGGAAGUCCUGUACAGGAGUCAAGCAAAAUCUAUCUCAGCUCAUGUAUUACAAUGGGAAAAGAUACGCGGCCUAUCGCCCGAGGCUUUGCUACUCAUUGCGGGAGCCUAUACUUCACUGGAUAUCACAAAAAUGGGUCGCGUCGAAUUCGAAUGUUUGAUGAACUACACAAAACCAUACCUGGAUGCAAGGCCUUUGCCUGAAAAAUGGAUAUUUCGUCGGGAGAUUCAAAUGGCAAUAGCAGCUAGCUCUGAUUUAGAAAACAUAUCUGAGUUCAGGAAAUCUCGAGUUCAACACUGAAGUUGAG